CGCCACUGCAUCUGGUCCCAGCUACCAACCGGUCCACUGCAGCUUGCAGGCGACACCUGGCACGCAGGCUUCCCGACAUUCCCUUUUUAUAGACUUCUCGUUUGCCGGUUCGGCCCCGUCAUCUCUGGAAGGGCUUAUCUCAUGUUAGUUCUCGUGGGACUAGUGCGAACUGCGAUAUAACCAACCAGAGACCUGGUCUCCGAAGUCACUCAACCCGCCUUUCAAGCGCCUCCAAGCACCUUUGGUCCUUCAAAGACCUCCGCACCAGCCUCCCGACUUCGAUUUCUGCGACCGAGUCCAACCCCUAUACUCAUCUCCCCAGCCGUUGCCUUCGCUUACCUCGGCUGGCGCAUAUGCACCAUGGAUCUGCGUAGCAACCUCUUCAGCAAACCGGCGCCCCGCGGAGGGGCUCCUGGCCCCGGUCUACCCGGCCGCCAGGUCCAGCGACCCCCCGGAGGAGAUCCCAGGGGAUACUCGCCUGCCCCGUCAGGCUACGACGGAUAUGGCCCGCGCUCUCCUGCACCAGGCCCAAGACCGCAGAACCCUCCCGGCGGGGGCUAUGGCGGGGACGGCUACGCCAAGGAGAGCUACGGUGGCGCCGGCUAUGGUGGCGGAUAUGCUGAUGGCCUCGGCUCGUACCCGCCUCAGUCGGGCGGCCGGCAGGUGCGGCUUCGGCUUGCCAAGGUUGAGGACAAGACGCUUCAGGCGCAGUAUAUCUUUGGGAAUAUCUGCGCCGUGUCCCCCAACGACUUCCCACCGAGCCGUGAUGGCUCCGAUCUCUACAUUCGUCUGAGCGGCAAUCUGCUCAGGGGCGACUACGUCGUGACGGCGCGGCCGACCCCUGGCUUCCCCGACGGCCACAUCAGCUUGUCAGAUCCGCAGCGCACCUGGUGCGGCAUCGGCAUGAUGGACGAGGUCGUGGGUGAGCUCUAUGACCCGUUCAGGCAAGACGGCCCCGCCUACAUCGGCGCGAUAGACCUCGAGGUGGGCUUCGCGUCUGCGAGAAAGCUCGUCGAUACCCCCUACGAUCAAGACGAGCUGGCCGAGCUCUUCAUCAAGAAUUUCCAGAACCAGGUGUUUGCGCCCGGGCAAAGGCUGCUUCUGGAUGUCAAGAAUGUGCCCUUGGCCAUCAUGGUCAGAACGGUCACCUUGGUCGACCUCACGCUGCAGCAGAAACAGACCAACGAGCCGCCCACACGCAGCGACCCCGGGGCGCGCGGUAUCCUCACCAACCAGGCCGGCAUAGGCUUCUACAAGGACGCCAAGUCGCCAAUCAAGCUGAAGGGCUCCAACAGGCGGCCGGCCGCCAACGCCAUCAUCAGCCCCGAUUUCAAGUUCGAGGAUAUGGGUAUCGGCGGGUUGGAUACCGAGUUCUCCACCAUCUUCCGCCGCGCCUUCGCCUCGCGCAUCUUCCCGCCAGGGCUCAUCGACAAGCUCGGCAUCAUGCACGUCAAGGGAAUGCUGCUGUACGGGCCACCGGGAACGGGCAAGACGCUCAUCGCCCGCCAGAUCGGCAAGAUGCUGAACGCUCGCGAGCCCAAGAUCAUCAACGGCCCGGAGGUGCUGAACAAGUACGUCGGCCAGAGCGAGGAGAACAUCCGGAAGCUCUUUGCCGAUGCUGAGAAGGAGUACAAGGAGAAGGGAGACGAGUCCGGCCUACACAUCAUCAUCUUUGACGAGCUCGACGCCGUGUGCAAGCAGAGGGGUUCGGGCGCCGGCGGCGGCACGGGGGUGGGCGACAGCGUGGUCAACCAGCUUCUUUCCAAGCUCGACGGUGUCGACCAGCUCAACAACAUACUGCUCAUCGGAAUGACCAACCGGAAGGACAUGAUCGACGACGCCCUGCUGCGGCCGGGCCGUCUCGAGGUUCAGAUUGAGAUUGGGCUGCCCGACGAGGCCGGCCGGUCGCAGAUCCUCAAGAUCCACACGGCCAAGAUGAAGGAGAACAACGUCAUGGGCAGCGACGUCGACAUCCGCGAGCUGGCCGCGCUGACCAAGAACUUCUCGGGCGCCGAGCUGAGCGGUCUCGUCAAGUCGGCCACCUCGUUCGCGUUCGCGCGGAACAUCAAGGUCGGCACCAUGGCCAGCGUCAGCGAGGACGUGGUCAACAUGAAGGUGGUGCGGCAGGACUUCCUCAACGCGCUGAACGAGGUCAAGCCCGCCUUUGGCGCCGACGACUCGGAGCUCGAGGACGCCAUCCCGUACGGCAUCAUCCACUUCUCGCCGAGCAUCUCGGCCAUCCUCAACGACGGCCUGCUGUACGUCGAGAACGUCCGGCAGCAGGAGCGGCUGCGCCAUACUUCGGUGCUGCUGCACGGCCCGCCGGCGAGCGGCAAGACGGCAUUGGCGGCGCAUAUCGCGAUGAAGUCGGAUUACCCCUUCAUCAAGAUUAUCACCCCCGCCUCCCUGGUUGGCUUCAGGGACGAGGUGGCCAAGAAGGACUACCUUCACAAGAUCUUCACCGACGCCUACAAGUCGCCGCUGAGCAUGCUCAUCAUCGACAACAUCGAGCGCCUCAUCGAAUGGAACCCAGUCGGCCCGCGGCUCUCCAACAUCAUGAUGCAAGCGCUCGUGACGCUGCUCCAAACGCCGCCACCCAAGGGCCACCGGCUGCUGGUCCUCGCCACCACGUCGCAGCUGUCCGUCAUGGAGCAGCUCGACAUCACGACCGCCUUCGACCGCCAGAUCCGCGUGCCGGCGGUGCAGGACACGCGCGAGAUGGCCGCCGUGCUGGCCGAGUCGGGCGCGUUCGAGGGCCGCGCCGACGUGAACGAGGUGCUGGACCGCGUGCGCGAGUACAGCAGCUCGGACCGCGUCUGCGUCGGCAUCAAGACCAUCCUGACCACCGCCGAGACCGCCCGCCUGAGCGCCCAGCCCGCCGAGUGGUUUGCCGAGCAGAUUGCCGGGCAGAUUGCGCGGUACAAUCCGUACGUGGACAGGGAUAUGGUCGGGCGGAGUCAGUGAGGUGUCAAUAGAGUAGAUAUUCCCCGGUGGCGGUGGUGUUAAUUGAGGGCGUAUCUAGCUGGUGCCGUCACUUAUUUUGAACUGAACUGGCUGAUGUGUCUGUGCGUGGACGUGAGAUAGAUUUUCCUCGCCUGGGAACUCGAAGACAACAACAAAAGCAACAUGUAAUGCACCAUAGAUGAUGACUUGGAGGAACGGAGCUGGCGAGACCAGGCAUUACCAACCUAGCAUUGCGCCUGCCCUGCCCUGCU